UGGAAAUUCGUGAUUGGCCCUCGAGGCGGCCGCAUGCAAGUCCCGCCAGAUCUCCCCCACCUCAAACGGGCCUGCAGGUUGGUGCAUCUGGGACACGUGAACUACAAACGCCUGCACUCCUGCGCCGAACAAUCGGUCCCCCGUGCCGGACGACGCUGACAACCGUUCCCGCUUGGCGGGCUCCGAUGAUCUCCGGCCAGGCUAUCUGCGGGAUCCAGGUUGGGGAAAGGGACGUGGUGGCCAGCAACCACAUGACGGUCAUCUGGACCUUGGACCUACAUACGUUAUCUGGGUGGUGAUGCCGCUGUGUGCAUCAUCAACAUGUCACAGCUUCACACAUGCAACCCCGCAUUUCACCAUCCCAAUCUGGCGGAUCAUUCAUACACUAGAGGGGCGAAAGAAGGCAAGCAAACGUCACCGAACUGGCGCCUUCAUAAUCAAGCCUCUCGCCUGCUUCCGAGCACUCCGUCAACUAUGACUCUUGUCUCUACGCGCCCAUCCCAUCUUGCACCUCCUCGAUGAUGAAGCCCAACGCCGCCGUUGAUCAUCACCAUCACACAUGGUUGAAGGCACCUAUCUGCUGACGACGGUUCACAAUCAUCUCUCCCAAGAUUGCUCACAGCUCAGCAGGCACGGAGUAUUAUCCGGCGGCAACAUAUACCCCGAAACGCAAUUGAUACGAAGCGCUAAGCGACUUUGUUUGCAGCCUCGUCCACAAGGCCACGACAUUUCUCGUGGUCAGAUAGGCCAGGGUGGCCCAAGCCGCUGUUCCGGAUUCCCAGCCUUCCUGUCCCCUGCGCCCCCGGCCUCGUUUACACCACUCAGGCAGAACAGCCGCGUCGACGCCUCUUGAAAAUUUUCACGGGCCGUUGGGAAUUUGAAAUGAAGCCUGGGCUCGACGCGACGUUGGACAGAGACCUUGAAAUAUUCCCAGUCAUUGUGUGGACCAAUUUCGCUUAGAAGGGGAACAUCGCACGCCUUCCCGUUUUGCAAUCCGUUCGCAAAUUUCGCAAAUCCAGGACCUGGGACCUGUCAGAGAAAUGGAAGACUCUUGUUGAGUGAUUCACCCGUGAUUCAUCUCAACAUCGCAGAGAGCGUUACGCAAGAGAAGCAGAGAAAUUCCUCUCUCUCUAUCCGGAAAUCCAUUGGCCGCAAGACGGGCCGUGCUUGCGCUGGAGAAAGACACAGUGUUUGGAAAAUUCAAUUGGGACUGGGCAGGAUACAUUGCGAUCCUGGUCAGGCAGGGGAGGAGUGAUUAUAGACGGCCCCCUGAGACAUUUCCCCCUGCCACAUCCCAUUUACGCACACGCCCCCACCAUCACAUCAGCCCCCAGCCCUCGAGCGGAAAAGUUCUCAAGGUCACUGAGAACAGACCUUGCCCCUGUUUUUCGGUGCGCAAGUGGAACUGCCCACCAUUUUUAUAAAGGUCACCCACACCCGAAAACUCGUCGUCCUGCUUUAGCACCUUUGGCUUCGCCAAAAAACCCUCUCAUGAAAUAAUUCACAAGUCACAGUCUUCGAGAUCCGACACUCGAUUACAAAGCAGCCGAACACUGGACCUCCACGAAGCGUCCAGUUCCUUCUCGCAACCACCAGAGUUCUUCGCAACUUUGGUGACCGUGGCUCCCAUCAGGACAGCGCAUAAAACCAUCCGCUAGAUCCCUUGAUAUGUCAGAAAUCAGAAGACAGUGCAUCCCUCUUCUUCCUACCGACCACAGACCAAGGUGAAUUGGUCCCCUUCAGCGCCCAACACAGCAAACGGAUUCGACGACAAAACCCAGCAGAAGCGACUCAAACAACAGCCUUGGCAUCCGGCGAGGGGGUAUUUGAGAGAGAGAGAGAAAGAGGUUUUUCUUUUUGAUAGGAUUUGAUGUCUCGAAGGACAUCACAAGAGCCGGAGACGAUGGCUAGCUAUUCACCCUAUGCGUCCGCACGCACCGCGGAGUUUUUCUACGACGACAACAAGUUUCCCAGCCCUUCUCCGACACCAUCACCCCGGGGACCCGGCUACUAUGGGCCUCCUCCGGUCCAAAGACCGGCCACCCGCGCCCACUUCCGCACUCCGAGCACCACUGGCGCCUCAUUCAGGCACGAGUUCCCCAGUCCUCGGACGCCCUCGUUCUCGCCUCGGUACAAUAGCGAAGGCCAGUACGCCACUGCCAAUGUGAAUGGCGGUCCCUUUUUCGACAGAGAGAGAGAGGCGGGGUUCGCGUCGCCGCGCUUUGAGGAACAGCGCCGUACAGCUCCCAUCAGCGGCCAUGCUCGCCGCAGCUCAACAUCGGUUCCCCAGAGACCUCAGACUGCCCGACCCACCGCCAACCCCCACAAGAAGCCACCACCACCACCUGCCGCCCGUGCUGCCACGGAGGCGGAUGCCAAGCGGCACAAGAUCCCGCCCGGAUACUCUCUCAAGAACUGGGAUCCCACUGAGGAGCCUAUCAUGCUGCUGGGUAGUGUUUUCGAUGCCAACUCCCUUGGAAAGUGGAUCUAUGACUGGACCGUCUACCACCAUGGACCCUCCACCCCCAUUUCGGACAUGGCCGGAGAGCUUUGGCUUCUUCUGAUCCAGCUGGCCGGAAAGAUCAAGCGUGCCGAGGAGUCCGUUCCCAAGAUCCGUGCCCUGGAGAACAAGCAGAUGGUUGAGGACUUCAUCGAGGCCGGCGACCGCCUCACCGACAAGCUCCGCAAGCUCCUCAAGGCGUGCGAGGCCCCCAUGCUUCGCGUCAAGACCACCCAGAAGAAGGAUCCCCAGCUCGGAAAGAAUGCCGGUGUAGAGUUUGUCGAGACCCUCUUCGGCCGUGAGCGUGAGCUAGAGAAGACUGAGCGCUUUAUGCAUUCCGUCCGCCUCUGGAACCUGCGCUUCGACACCAACUGUGAGGAGAUCCUCCGGAGCCCGACCGUGUAAAAUUAUUGCCAUCAUGGUUUCUCCUCUUCCUCCCGCGUCAGCUCCCCUCCCACAUCAUACACACAUACACACACACACACACACAUACACACACAUCACAUCACAUCACAUCACAUAUGGUUAUCACGCCAUGACAACAACACAACACCAAAACAAACAAAACCCGAAAAGGAUUUACAGGAGCCAGGUUGUACGAUUAGGUCUCUUUCCAACUCUUUUGGUCAUCCGGGGUCUUUAUAAAACACGGGCGGGGAUCACUCCCCCUAGCGUCGUGUUGUCGUCUUUUUCCGGUCUUUCCACAGCGAUACCCAAUACCCAAUGUGCAAACGAGGCAGGAUCGGACAUGAUUAUUUACUAUUAUUAUUACUACUAUUGAAACGCAGCAACAGAAGAGCUGCCGACUUGUUUUUUUAUACAAGAGAGAGAGGGACACGGAUAACAAAAAGUACCGGUGGUUUUUUGGUUUUCUACUUGGAUGGAUCACGGGGCAGGUCUUUGGAUCUCGGAGGAUAUUUGUUUUUUUUUUUUUUACUAUCAAGUCUGUUGGCGUGGGGCGGGGCGGUAUGUCGCCAUGUAAUGGUUGUCUUGUUUUUUGUCUCUUUGGUUUGGGGUGGUCGGCAUCGCUGGGCGUCCAAGAAGCCUCGAUCAUUUACACUGUCAUCAAGGGCGCCUCGAAUUUUUUUACACGCGCCCUAUUUCCUUUCAUUUCUUUACCUUUUUUUAUUCUUUCCCACGAGAUGGAUAUACCCAUUUUCUAUUUAGUAUUUUUUUUGUUUUUGUUGUUGUGACAAGAUAUCUGGCAGGGCGACAGCAGCGAGGGUCAAAUAGAAUAGCGGUUUAGCAAUUAUUAGAAGGAAAUAUUUCGGGUUCGACGUUUUGAGAUAUAAUAUGGAUUUUAGUUCACAGCUCAACUAUUUUGUUUUCCCCUCUCACUUAUUGAAUAAUAAUUUUUCAUGCCUCUUGUGAUUUGUGUGCCUCAACAUUUUUUUUGGGAAUCUCAC